AUGGAGUUCAAUUACAAUAAAGAGAAGUACGGCAAGAAUAUUGACGAUACUCUUGGCAGGCCAAAUGAACAAGAAAUGGGGCAGGUGCAGAAAGAGGAUAGCUUAGAUAUCUUUGCUGAUAGCCCAAGUAAAUCAAGUGAAAAUAAGAAUCCUUUGUUGGCUGGAGCUAAUAAUGAGGAAGAUAAUGAUAUUAAGGUAUCUUCUGAAGACCUUAUUAAUGAGUCAAAUUUCGAAGAGCAGGAGCAAAUCAAGAAGGAUUCUAAUGCUACAAAAAAUUCUUCUUCUAAAAAUUUGAUUGAUAGAAAUGUUCCAGCUCGAAAUCCUGGACAAAUGCAGAUACAAGAAAACUAUCCAGCAACGGGUCUGGUAAUUGAUGAAGAAGAUCUUUCUAAUAAAAUCAAGUACUGUAAAAGAGGAAUAUCUAUUGUAUCUUACACCCAAAUCGUCCUUGGAGGUCUCAAUAUUUCUCUUCACCUUCUGAUACUAUUUAUAGAAAUGAUCGACGAUCCAUAUUUAGGUUCUGAUACUCCUUUGGGGAAUGAUAGUAGAAACAUCAGAAUCGGUUUUCACUGGAGAACUACAGCGAGAUUCUUUUUGAUCAUCGCAAGUAGCAUCUUUGUAAUUUCAGGAGGUUUCCUCCUAAAGAAGUCAAAGGACAUACUAAGCUUUACUGAUAAGUACCAGCUGUGCCUUAUUGGGAUGUAUGUUGUAAUUGAAAUUCUGGACCUAAUUGCAACCAUUUACUUCGUGAUAGGAGGGCAGCUAGCAGUCUCUGCUUAUGUCGAGUACUGUCUUAAUUUGCAUAGAGGAGUGUUGAAAUCAUACGAAAGAGAUAGGCAUGAAUGCAAGCCGUAUUUUAUCAAUAAAAAUUAUAAAUACACAUCUGAAGGAGAGAGGAUCCCAGAAACAGAGGCUUGGACUUUGGAGAUAAUUCAUGAAUAUUAUACUUCAUUCAUCUAUAGCCUCAUUAUAACUUCUAUCUUAUGUGGAGUAGCCAUUUAUUGUGUAAGAACUCUUCGUAAAGCAACAAAGAUACACAAUGAGAGAAACCAAGACUUGGAAGAAGGUAAUAUCAAUGAAAGAGUAAGAUAGUCUAUGUCAAAAUCAUGAAGAGUUGAAUGGUAGUUUUCAAAGUAAAAUUUCUAAGCUUCA